CCGUUUACACCGCAUAUCUAUAUACAUGUAGGUUCAUAGUUCAUUUAUGAUUGGUACUGUAUAAGUUUUACAUUUUAACUUCAUCACUAAUUUGGCGUCCUUCAUGCGGAUAUAUUGAUGUUGAUGUGUUUAACUCUGGGAUAUGUCUGAGAUACAACGCUUAGUCUUUUUCCUCCUCAAACUGUUGUGUGUUAUGCGAACAAAUGCAAACACUGAAAGGAAUCAAACGUGUAUCACAAACUUGCAUAUUUUAGAGCUUGAAGUACAACACAGAGAUGUGCCUAUAUCGACCAUCUGCCUAACGGAUCUUCUCUCAUUCUAUGAUGCUGACCUAUCAUGUUCAUUUACAGAACAAAAAUUCUUCUGGAACUUUGAAGAUAAUGGAAAAGCUUGUCUGGUCACGUGCACAUUAAAGGAAUUCACACCAGAUCUGAAAGACGGUACGACAUAUGAACUUGAAAAACUGGAAAUUAAAUUCUCAAACACCUACUUCACUUUCCCAAUGAUGAAACUUUGUGGAGACCAUGGAAACACUGACGUGGAAAUAACUAUGACGUGUGAUGAAAGGGGAUUUUACGAAAGAAGAAUAGGUGAAUCCUGCACUCACCAAAGCCAAUGUAAUGUUAGCAACCCUUAUUCGACGUGCAAUCCUACAAAUGGUGUAUGCGAAUGCAAAAGUGGAUAUUUUAAAAUCUUCAACACAUGUUUUCAAGAAAAGAGAAUAGGUGAAUCCUGCACUAACCAAAGCCUUUGUGAUGUCAGCAACCCUUAUUCGACAUGCAAUACUUCAAAUGGUGUCUGGGAAUGCAAAGAGGGAUAUUUUGAAAUGUUCAACACUUGUUUUCAAGAGCAUCUUUCGAUGGGUGAGACAUGCGAAUUAAAUGAGCAAUGCAUGGGGAACACAGGAAUUGGGUUUUGUAGACAAACAGAAGGAGGCAAAGUAUGUUCGCUUUUUCCGGAAACUGAUGAUGUCCAUUCGUCUCAACAUGGAGAAAUAACACGGACAAAGUCGUCAAGUGAAGUGGCAAGGAAUAACGACCUCCCAGUUGGUAUGAUUGCUGGUGCUGCGGCGGCGGGGUUUGUGUUAGGGAUCAUUUUCUGCGGGAUUUUCUGUGUUAUGCUCUCACGAUGCAAGAAAUCGACGUCUGAGAAGAGGUCUGUCGAGUUCGCUGCAACUGUCGAUAACUACGGUUUUAACGUUGUUGCAAUAAGCACUGGAAAAACAGAACAAAAGACAGUUCAGGUAUCAGAGGAAAGAUCUCAGAAACAUGUCGACGGGAAAGGACAGACGUCACCGCCUGAUGACAUCUAUAACCACCUUAAUGAGGCUUCCGGUAUGUCGGAUAUCCAGCCUGAAUACGACCAUGUCCCCUCUAAUGAUACAAAUGGCGAAACAUAUCAUCGUCUAGAUUUAAACAUCACCAGAAAUGCAAAUACAACGCCACUGGUUGAUAUGGAGAAUCAUUAUGACUAGAACCUUUGUGAUAGUGACGGUGUACAUAGCGAUGCCCCCCCCCCCUUCCCCAAUAUAAUUGAUUAUUGAUCGACUGUUAUAGCUAUUUGAAAAUAUUUAUAUUUCCAGGGUUUUUGCCUUCGAUACCUUUACUCAUUGAAAUGAUAGCCAUUUCCUCAUGAAUGUGAACGAUGGGCGUAUCAUUCGUUAUAAAUUAGUGCGACUAUUUUAACUGGGAAUAUUUCGAAAGAAUGAAAAGUAAAGGGCAAAUACAACUACAACGCGUCAUGCCAGGAUACUUCUCAUGAUGCGUUAACGCGCGUCAUAAGUACGCUGACGUAAAGCGCCGCGCAGUUCAUAUCCUCGUGUAUUUUCAACAAUAAUGGGUUUUUUUUUCUAAUUACACUGGACAUGAAAUUUAAAAAUACCUCAAUGUAAUUUUAAUCAGUCGAUGUCGUAGUAAUUGUUUGGCUAUUUGAUAACAUUUAUUAGAAUUUACAAAAGGAGAGAUUUUUUAAAGUUAAAAAUGGAAAUAAGUUUCACAACAUAAACGAAUUAUGCUUUCGUAUUCAACUGGUUGAGUGGGAAUCUUUUGAUGGUUUGUCAAUUUCAAUUAUUUCGAUAUGCUUUCUCCAAAAAAAACAACAACAAAAAAACAAAAACCAAAGGUACAGACAAUCUUGUAAUGUUUGCUAGAUGUCUUUUAUAAGUUUUUAACGAUUAUCCUAUAUAACUACACACGUUUAAAUUCAUAAGAAAUAUCAAACUGUACCCUAUGUGUAUGUAUGUUGUUUAAUUUCAAACUGUCAUUGAAGUGUAUGCAAAAAAAAUUUAAUUUCACACUGUCCUCUAUUACAUAUUUAUGUAUUUUCUUUAUGUAUGUUGUACGUGUGUGUUAAUUUAUGUGUUUUACUGAUUAAUGUCAGUCAAUAGCUACACAAGGCUAGCGAUUUUGUUCCAUAUAAUCUGACUCUAAGAACAUAGGAUACCCCUCAAAAAGUUGAUUAUAGAAUUUUGUAAAUGUUUCAAUUUUGCUAAAACCCAUAUUUACAUCAAAUCACGUCAUUAUCAUUAUCAUCAGUACUAUCUCUUUUUAUUUUUCACAAAUCUUUACUUGAAAAUUCAAUAAAGAAUAACAAUAUUUCA